AUGAAGGUGAAAUCAUGGAGCAUCGUCAUACAAUUGUACUGGGUAUCUUUGUUGAUGGCAUUCACAUCAUCGGCCCAGUCAACCUCAGGUGAAUUCACAUCUGUUGUAGAUAUACUGUCUGAAAGCGCUGAAUUUUCAACCUUUUUACGGCUUCUUCAGAGAAAUGGACACAUACCAUAUUUGAAUGAAUUACAGAAUUUUACUCUACUGGCCCCUGUGAACUCUGCAUUUGCUUCUGAGUUCGAGAAAAAAGCUGAAUUUGAUGUGAAAAAUUAUGUGCUGGACGACUUAGUACUACAAACUUCUCAAAUUAGCAACGGUACCACUAUACUUCGUGAUAGUGUGAAAUUUCCUUUAAGUAUCCAUCAUUAUGGAAAUGGGGAAAUAAGUAUCAAUAAAGCUUUUAUCGUUGAACCCGACCUGACACCCAAUUUUCAGAAUGCAACUGUUCAUGGUAUCUCCACAUUAUUGCCCGAUCCUCCAAAGGUCGGCAAUCUUUUAGAAAAACUCGAGUCUGAUCGUGAAGGUGUUCAUCUUUUCAAUUCAUUGAUAAAGAGCUUUAAGGGCUUCGAGUCACUAGCUAGCAACAGUACAUUACUGAUCCCAUUCGACGUUAAUUUUUACAAAGACUUCAAUCACAUUGAAAUAAACUAUCUUUUAGAUGCUUUCAAUCAUCUGUCAACCGUCGAGAGUUCCAUAGCUCGUGAUUGGAGCAGAGACAGAGAAAGGUUCCUUCAAACUUUACUGUGCCAUAAAAUCAUAGGUGGAUUGGAGGCUGACGACAAAAGUCUCAUUAAUUUAGCCGGUCAACCAAUAAAGUUUCGUAGCUGGAAUUUAGGGUCCUGUAUGUCAGUUAACGAUUCAACACCCUCCGUGUACUCCAACAUGAUUUAUGAUAGAGGAAUUGCACAUGGUUUUACUGAGAUUCCGUUUCUUCAUUCUGCGGUCAGUUUCAACACAGAGAAGUAUUUACACGGUAUGAAUAGCACAGAUUUUGUCAGGGAACUCUUUUUUAGAAAUCUGCAGCAUAUGAUUCGUGAUGAAAGUAUUACAAAGAAGAUGACAAUUUUCAUUCCUGAAACGGCUCUCAACGAGAAGUUUGGGUUCACAAAACCCAGUCUACUCUACCACUUUAUUGAGGAUCAAGUUUGGCUAGAAGAUGAGUUUUUAUCAUCAAAUGACGAACAACCAUCAACAAAAAUGUUCCAAUCUGCAUUUUGCUCGUCGAACAAGCGGCUUGGUGGACAAUGUCAGAGGUUAAAAAUACAAAAAUUGAGAGGAUCAUAUACCAUCAACAGCAAAUACAAGAUAUUGCAUGCCAAGCCAUAUGAAAUUGGCAAGACAUUGAUUUAUACUAUAUCCGAAGACUUGCAAUUGCCAGGUGACUUUUUAUCAGCCUUGAACCCAUUUUAUCAUUGUUCCAGAUCGCUAGUCUUUUUGAGGCAGAGUGGGUUGCUGAAACUUCCUGCUAACACGCAAGGCUAUACUGUACUAUUGCCAUGUUUUGAUUCAUGGGGAUUCUUUGAUUUGAAUUUUGAGUAUCUCCAAAACAACGCAACAGCCGUUAAUCUGAUCAUGAAGAACCUGAUUUUGGAUGGACUACUUUAUAGCGAUGCAAAAAAUGUCACUGUUGAGACACGGAACAUACUUGGCGAAAAAGUUUCGCUUUCAGUGAGCUCAACCGAUGAUGGCGGUGAUGAUGAAACGACUUUUCAGUUGAGCACAGUGGAUGAGGUUAUUCGCGUGAACCACUCUUUAGACUCGUUUUUUGAUCAGGGAGUGAUUCAUCCGUUGCAAAGCGCAUACUUUCCGAGAGCCGUCAACAUCACAAUAAGCGAUCUUCUUGAAACCACCGGAGCGACUGAAUUUAUCAACUUCUUGGAGCACUUUCAGGACCUGUCAUCAAUUAUCAAGGAGAACAAGCCAUACUCGAUCCUUGUCCCGACAGCUUCGUCGCUCAAUAUGGAACCUGUUGGGAUCAAUUCUACAAACCUUCAGGACUUUCUCAAACUGCACAUAGUCACGGGAAAUUACACCAAGAAUCUUCUUCAUUGCGAAGGCCAAGCGAACACCACCUUGGGCGAACCAUUGCUCUGCAGGGAGAGUUCACCAGGCUCGUACCUACUAAGACUGGAAAACGGUGCUGACCAUGAGGUUCGCAUCCUACGAAAAGGUUGUUCGUCUUUUGGCAAUGAGUCCUGCAUUUUCUUGAUUGAUCGACCAAUUUCAUUACUUUGGUUAAGCCAACAGAAGAGUCACUUGCAUCUGCCAGGCAUCGCCGUUGGGGUAGGUGUCAUUGUUGGGGUUUUUUCAGUAGUCGCAAUUUUUUCUGCCUAUUAG